AUGACAGUGAACCUCGAGCCUGCUCAUACACAUGACUUCGCCCAUCCCAUAAGAACAGUCGCCGUCAUAGGCUCGGGGCCUACUGGAACACCUGCUGCUAGACAUCUUCAAGAUGCCGGUCUGAAGGUACGGCUAUUUGAGAGACAGUCUCAGUCCGGCGGUAUCUGGAAUUGGCGACCUGCAGCUUCACUACCAUUAUCCGUACCAACACCCCCUCCUUCGGUCGGAGCUUUCACCCCCGUGUUCCGUCAAAGUGGGACCUAUGACGAUCCUGAUCGUAAGGAGAGAGAACACUUCAAUCCGCCCAAUCCUUGUUAUUGGAACCUGACAAACAAUGUUCCUACUACAACGAUGGCUUUCAAAGACUAUCCAUAUCCCGAAGGGACAGAAAGGAAUGUUACUCAUAAAUUUUUAGCUGAUUAUGUGCAUAACUAUGCAAGACAUUUUGGCCUCGACAAAUUAGCAUCAUACAAUACCAGAGUCGAAAAGGCAGAGAAAGUCGACCAUAAGUGGAGGUUGAAUCUUCGAAAGGUAGUUGAUGAAGGGAAUGAGAAAGCCAGAGAGGAACAGUGGUCCGAAGAAUUCGACGCUGUAGUUGUCGCUACUGGUCAUUACAACGCUCCAUAUAUACCUCCACUCAAUGGUGUGGAUGCCUGGGCGGCUGCAUGGCCGACCAAAGUCAUACAUUCGCAAGGGUAUCGAGUACCGGAACCCUAUGCAGGAAAAACUGUAUUGCUUGUUGGCAUAGGCACGAGUGGUACCGAUAUCGCUCGAGACCUCGACCCAUACGUUGAGAAAACCUACUUAGUGGGCAGGAACAAACUCAGAGGUCCCCCCGCAUAUCAGAGACAACGUAAAUUGCAAAGAUUUAUGGUACCCGAGAAAGGGGAGUCAGUGGCGGAGAUACGGCGAUUCGUUCCACCAAACCCUGGACAACCUAUAGAGGAAGCAGAAGUUGAGCUUACAGACGGAAGAAUACUGAAAGGUAUCAGCGAAGUGAUUUUUGCCACCGGGUAUCAGUACUCCUUUCCGUUUCUUCCAAGCUAUCAUAGCGACUAUCAAGGCGUGCGCUCGGAACGGGCUGAAAAACACCCGCUGGUGACCGAUGGCUCUGGCGUACUCAACUUGUGGCGUGACGUUUUCUACAUUCCAGACCCAACACUUACAUUCAUUGGGUUGAGUGUUAACACCUCAGCAUUCUCUUUCUUCGAGUAUCAGUCGAUCUCCAUCGCAAGGGUUCUCUCUGGCAAAGCUAAAUUACCAGAUGAAGCUACACGAUGGGCCGAUUACGCCCAGCUGGUCAAAGAGAAAGGGGAAGGUAAAUUUAGUCAUCUGCUCAACAAGGAUGGAGAAAGAAGUUAUGUUAGAGAUACAGUCGAGUGGCUCAACAGAGACGCGCAAUGGUCAGGUGCGGAGUUGAUCGAAGGCCACAGUCCCGAAUGGAUGGCGGAAAGCGAUAAGAUGCAAGAGCUGUUGGCUGUCAAAUAUGGCAUCACGCCGGAACAGCUUCGACAGAUCAGUGAGGAGAUCAAUGCGGGUGAUGGGCAGAAUCAAGAUGCUAUCUCGAAAGACUUUGAGACGGCCGCCGAAGAAACCAACGCGAGAGCGAUUGAAGGAUUGGCGAGGAGGCUGGGGGCCGUGAAGGCUUAA